AUGUACCUGUUGGCCAAAACUGCCACAGAUUUAAUUAAUUUUUUUCAUUAUCUGUGUCGUCAGGUCUGUGACCCUUCAUUUCGAACCAUUACAUUCACAAUAUCCGACGUUAUAAAAUUCCCAAGAAAAAAGCCAUUAAUAAAUAUUAGAGUGCAACAAGUAAUUUUGGACAUUAAAAACGAUAUUAUGGUAACUAUAAUACAAAUACUAGUAACUCUGGAUAAGUCCUGGGAUAAAAAUCACAUUAAAAGCAAGAAGAUGUUGAUCGAGUCGUUCUGUGUGUAUAAUCAACUGACAGGAGACCGAGUCACUUUAAGAGUUUCUAGUCUUUCUUCGACUACUUCUCCCUUACGACUUUUCAAAAAAGAUAUUGCUCAAGGAGGAAAAGCAUGCUGUCCAUUUAAUAAUAUCGAUUGUGUUCCUAGUCGUAAGGGAGAUGCAUCCUUAGAGCUGAUGUUAAGAUUUGGUUUCGAUCUGAUUACCAUAGCGGAGACCACGAGAAAUUAUAUUGCUUAUUGUGAAGGAGGGGCAGGUCUUUUUAUCACAGGAUCAAAUUUUAACGACAUAGAAGCAUCUUGUCACAAAAUUAAUGGGGAUAUUACACAAACCAAACUGGUUGAUUGGGUACCCUUUGCUAUUUCGUUAAACCAGAGGUUUUACUGUCUCUCGGUGUAUUGGGGAAGCUGCUAUAAUGUAGUGCCAAUUCGUUAUUUUACAGAAUUAUUUAUGAGAAACCAUGCUGAACAGCUGCGGAUUGUUGUGAUGGGUUUGGCUGCACCUAAAUCAAGUCAAGCAGUAGUAUUCCAUCAUUGCUUAUUGACCAUUCGAACCCUUCUUCCCAAAACCAAUCAAAAUUUAAAGAACAAUCAGUUUAUAGAACAUUUCUGUAUUCUUAAAAGUUAUGCUGACUUGACCAAUUUGGAUGCAUCCACAAAACGACACAAUGGGUACACCGAAAAUAGCGGGGACACCAGUGACAAGUCAAAAAGCUUGACACCGGUGACAGGUCUACAUACUUAACACAGGUGACAAGUCCAAAAGCUUGAUACUGGUGACUAUUCUAAAACGGGCGCCAUACUUCUUUAUUAAAUCUGACGUUAUUUGUUCAUCAUACACAUUCAUCCUUCUGUGAUAAGCCAGAUUAUCUGAAACAGUCUUCUCCCUUUCGUGCUGU